CCAUUACAUUUCAUUAUCUACCAGAGUCACAACUACAGUUACAGGAAAUAGUAGGGUCUGUUUAAGUCUGUGCUGUAUUAAUUUUCCGUGUUGUCUAAAAUUGUGAUUCAUUGAAUUCAUUCAUACAUCAAACCUGUCAUUAUUUGGUUUACGUGUGUGUUUGAAAAUAAGGUUUAAUACUUUUUCCAUUGAAUUUUUGAUUUUUUAUCUGUAUUGCUCUGAAGGGGGCAACAACAAUGCUAAAGUUUAGUUAUUAGUUUAGCGGAGGCGUCGGAUAGUAGUUUCAUCAAGUAAUUUAUUAUUGUGUGUAAUGGUUUAGUGACAAAGUGAUUCAUUUCUGGAUUGAUAUUACAACAUUCUGUAAACUUCAAACGCAGUAUUUUGCAAUAGAUGCAGAAAAAAGUGAAGUGCACUCAAAUUUGAAUGCCUAUUGUGACGCAAACAAACCAAAACAAUAGAUUUGUUAUGGAGACACGGCAUAAUAUUGCGUGAACCUAAGUCGCGAUGUGGUCGGAGCUUAGCGUGCUACUGGCGCUCGUGUGCGCUGCUUUUGGAAUACUAGAAGGACCCAAUGUGUGCACCAGACAAGAAACGUACACAACGACAAUACGUGUAUCGGAGAAGCAGCCUUACCAGGAGAAAGAAUACACAUGGUGCUUUAAUGUGCCUCCAAAAUGUUCGAAGUACAAGAUUAAGUUUCGGGAUGUUUUCAAGACUCAGACCCUAGUGAAGUACAGGCCCGUCGAGGAGUGUUGCGCGGGCUACGCGCCGGACUCGCGAGGGGAGCAGUGCGUGCCAGUGUGCGUGGAAUCGUGCAUACACGGCAAAUGUGUGGCACCCAACACAUGUGCAUGCGCACAUGGAUACGGCGGCCCCGCCUGCGAUAUAUGUAAGCUUAUACCGUUAUUUACACCUCGGCACAGUUAUAAAAAUAUUGUUCUAGCUUUAGUAGAGUCUAUAUCCAAAACACUUAAAUCUCCUUACAGAUGUGAAGAAGAGUGUCCAAAGAACGAGCCGUGUCCGGUGAGAUGCCGAUGCCAGAAUAAUGGAAAGUGUACCCUAACCUCGUGCGAGUGCCCGCCAGGGUGGACCGGAGCAGUGUGCGCGAAUAAAUGUCCAGCCGGUAGAUGGGGUGAGAAAUGUGAGAGGACAUGUGAAUGCGCGAAUGGCGCCGGUUGUCAUCACGUGACAGGCCGCUGUCAAUGCGAGGCGGGAUUCACUGGAGAAAAGUGCUUGGAGAUCUGCGAGGCGGGCACGUGGGGCGUGGAGUGCGGGCGCGCGUGCGCGUGCGAGCACGGCGGCGCGUGCUCCCCGCGCGACGGCGCCUGCGCCUGCCGCCCCGGCUGGGCCGGCGAGCGCUGCCAGCGCCGCGCCUGCCCGCCCGCGCGCUGGGGGCCCGGCUGCGCGCGCGACUGCGAGUGCGACCCCAACACCACCGACAUCUGUGACCCAUGGACGGGUGCGUGUGAGUGCGCGGCGGGCUGGGGCGGCGAGGCGUGCGAGCGGCAGUGCCCGCUGCUCACCUACGGCAAGGGCUGCCGGUCCACCUGCCGCUGUGAGAACAGCGGACUAUGCUCGCCAGUCAAUGGUUCCUGCCUCUGUGCUCCCGGUUACCGCGGUCUCCGCUGCGAGGAGGCGUGUCCGUACCCGUACUACGGCGACAACUGCUCCGAUACCUGCGAUUGCCACAACAACGCGACCUGCUCGCACGAGACCGGCCGCUGUGACUGCAAGCCUGGAUUUGAAGGUCUAAAGUGUGAUCGGCCAUGUAACGGCAGGAAGUUUGGCCUGAACUGUCGUCAACCUUGCAACUGUGAAAAUGAUGCUCCUUGUAAUCCUGUUAACGGCGAGUGCGUGUGCGGGCCGGGCUACACGGGCGCGCGCUGCGAGCGGCGCUGCCCGGCGGGCUACUUCGGGCAGGCCUGCGAGCACCGCUGCAACUGCACCGAGCGCGCGCGCGGCUGCCACCACGUCAGCGGCCAGUGCAUCUGCGAGAGCUCCUGGAGGGAUGUCUUGGGGACGGCCAUCCUUUACGAUACUAACUGUGACCAAAACAAUUCAAAAGCAAUGCAACUCGAAGAAGACAGGAUUAUAACAAACAGGAACAUCAGCAGCAAUGGAGAAACAUUCCAACUGCUCUACUUACGGAAGAACGACAAGAGCGCCCCAAUAUUCGACAAUGAUGAACGCGAAUUCGAAAGAGAUUUCGAUCGGUACGCAAUGCUGAACAAAGUCGUGUCUGAGGAGUACGACCGUAUGAACCAGAUACCGAUCAACAAUUGCGUAGCUUGGAACGUGAACAAACAUGUCGCCGAACCUACGUACAUACUGUCAACUGUGACAGAAGCUCUUACGAGAUCUGAAGUACGGAAUGUUAAGACUAUAGUCGCGAUUGUGAAUGCUAAAGACGCCUCUCCUGGUUUUGCGUCAAUCUACGAAGUGUCUAUCAAUGAAGGACAGAUCUACGUCAAUAAGUUGUCUUCGGCCAUGUUAAAUAAAAUGCCCUACGAAUUCUUAUAUACCACAUUAUAUAACGGUUAUAAUUUCAACAACAAAAAACUCCCAGGUGUCCGCUGCGAGACUCAGUGCGCUGAAGGUCACUACGGGGAACACUGUUCGAGAAAGUGUCCCUGUGGCAACAACUCGUCGUGCGACGCGUCCAGCGGGACCUGCGUGUGCGCGGCGGGCUGGACCGGCGCCGACUGUACCACGCCUUGCCCUCCCGGCACUUACGGCGCUGGCUGUACACAGCUCUGUCCUGAAUCACCUACGGGUAACACUACAUGUAACCCAGUGACGGGCAUGUACACGUGUCCGAGUGGGUUCACGGGCGUGACUUGCGAGUACCCGUGCCCGCUCGGGACCUACGGCGUGGACUGCAAGGAGAAGUGUACUUGUAAACAUGGAGCGGACUGUCAUCAUGUGACUGGCGUGUGCCAGUGCCUGCCGGGCUGGCGCGGCGCGGACUGCGCGCGCGCGUGCCCGGCGGGCCGCUGGGGCGCCGAGUGCUCGCAGCCGUGCCGCUGCGCGCCGCACGCCGCCUGCCGCCCCAGCGACGGCUACUGCCGCUGCCCGCCCGGGUACAUCGGACACUACUGCACGCAGUUUUGUCCGGAGGGCUACUACGGCGACCACUGCAUGCAAGCGUGCAACUGUUCAUCAGUCGGGUUCUGGGUGUGCGACCCGGUGGUCGGCUGCAUCUGUCACCGCGGCUACAUCGGGGACCAGUGCGACAUACAUGCCAGCGAUGCUAUUGUCAUUGAUACACGAGAGUCUUCAAGCUCCGGCCUAACGGUAGUGAUGGUGAUACUAGCGUUCAUAUGCGCGGCGACCGCCAUCUUGGUUCUGAUGUACUACCGCAAGCGCGUGCGCAACCUCAAACGGGAGAUCGCUCACGUACACUACACUGCUGAUCCUAACUCGCAACCUGAACAACAACACUUCGACAACCCUGUAUACUCGUACCAAGGAUCAACUCGUAGCGAUGACUCCACAACAUUGCUGAACAACGCCCCGCACAUACUGAACAAUCUUGGUACUGGCAGCAAGCUGAGUAACACCGCUAUGGAGAAACUGAGAAUGAAGGCGACUGGGUCUAGUGAAAGUUACGACCCGUUGUCAUCGCUGAAGAAUAAAGACGCCGACGCAAACAAUCCGAACCUUUACCAAUACGAAGAGGAUGAUAAUAAACUGGACCACGUAUAUGACGAGAUCAAACAUAAGGAAGGAUAUGAAAUGGAGUACGACAGACUAAACUACACGCCGCCAGCUAACAAAUGGAAGCCGCACUACCAGAGGAUGGCCAACGGCUUCACCGUGUCCAACACGCAGCCGGCGCCGCCGCCGCGCGAGGCCUCUCCCACGCCGCCCAUACCGCCGCUGCCCAAACUCAACGUGGUCCCCCUGCCCCCCAAGCGGGACGACCCCGCCGAGGCCACCGCCCCCGAGCCCCCCAAGAGGGACGAACUCCCCACCUGUUCACCACCUUCCUCACUCCCCGAGGACAGUGAAUCAACCACAACGCAACCUUGACAACACCACUGGGUGACAUACAUCAACACCUAAUUGGCUAGUUAUAAAAAGUAUUUUGUAUCGUAAGUCGAGUAAGCCCCUAUUUUUAUGAAGUUUUUAUGUCUCUAAAAAUAUUUUGAUAAUCUUUUUGAACGAUCCUUAGAGUAUGUUUGAAUGUGGACAUCUAAGAGUUGAGAUCUCUUUCUUUUUUUUUUGGGAAUAGUUGUGGACAUUGUAGAGAAGGUUUGGUGAUUGAUUGUCGUAUCCAUAAUUUUUUUACCUUAUGAACAUAGUGAAACAACGAUUAUUUUGAAAAGAGAACCUAAUCCGGACAAAUAAAUCUUGACUUUACUGACUUUCAAAUACUGUCGUCGUAGCAAAUAACCUAUACCGAUCAUAUAAACGGUAUUUUAUUUGAAUAUUUUGAAUAACUAUUGCAUUUCAUCAAGCUUCAGUAGGGUAUUUGACAAAAGAAUACAUAAUUAGGCCCUCAGGUAUUCAUCAGAAAAAUACUGUAUACGUAUUUUUAUUUUAAUCAAUCGGUAUAAAAUAAAGAAGAUAAAACGCCCCAGUGUUGGUGAAACGAAUGGAAGUGAAAAAGUGUUCUGACGUCACAAGAGGUUUAAACUUACAAUAUCAUCUUAUUUUUUUGCUUAUACUAUAAAAGAACAAAGUAUGUAUCCGAUAGUUUAUUUGUCAAAUACCCAAUAAUCUUUUUUUUCUUAAUACGACUGCAUGGAUAUGUGUGAGGUAACAUUGUAUGUUACACGAAUGCCAUAAAAUAGUUGAACGUGGUUAGAUUAUUUUUGUAAUAUAGUAAUGGUUGUACUAGACGUGUUCAAAUGUAUCAUAUUAUACGUAGGCAAUAAAUCAAUUUUUAUUAAUUGAUAUUAAUAGAACAUAUCAAUAAAAUGAUAUUGAAUUUAUGGUACUCAAUUGUAGUUUAAAUGCGUAGCGCUUUCGGAGUGUGACUUUCUUUAUACUUAUGAAAAUAGUUUCGCUAUCGUCUAUAAAUAAAUUACCUGUGUUCAGGUUAAAACUCUAUCAUCCAUGUCAUUCAUCCUGUUUUUUUUAAAGUUCCUCGACCUAAUGAAUUCAUAAUUUGUGUCGUGAGGUAUGUAGAUACAUUCAAGUCACAUGCAUCUAGACUCUGAACAAGCAUUCGCGGGUCACAAAAAUGAUUGAUCGAAUUUCCUUUUUCUUCUCUUCCUUUCCGUCUCUUUAUCUGUUCCACGUUUAGCUGCGGCCGUAACCCUUAUACAACCAAAAAGCGGGCUGUAAGAGCGAGCCAAGGCGUACUAUUUUAUAUAAGUAGGUUGUAACUUAGUCGCAUUGUUUUGGUCCCAUCCCGUUUUAAUCCGAACUUCACUAUAACUCGAUAUUAAAACCCUGAAACUUAUAUCAUCUUUAUACACUUUAAUUUCAUGAACACGUAUUUAUUUUAUAAUUGAGUACUAUAACAUUAUAUAAGUUUACGUGUAGGUACUAAUGUGUAUAACGUAUAGUUCUAUUUAUAAUUUGAAAUGAAGGAAUAGAAAAAUUAUAAUUAAGUAUAUAUUUUAAUUGACCAGAAAAAACUAGAGGGCGCUUAGCAUUUGCUAGAGAAGCAUUUAACUAAUUAAAGUCGUUUAUCAUACACAUGACUGUUCUUGUAUUAGACAUAAUCAGCUAUCUUCCCGCGUUUUCACUGAGCAAGCGAGAAGGCUCUAUUUUCGCAUAUCAGCGUCUCCCUUCUACAACAGUAUAUAGUAAUACUAAUUGUUUAAAUUAUAAAUGCAAGAUUCCCUAUCUAAUCUUUUCUGGUCUCUGCUUUAAUUAUAAAUCGAAUAUAAGUUUAAUGUGUACCUCCCUAUAAAAUAUUGCGUCAUAAUUACGUAAAAAGUGCCCCGAAUGGAAAUCAUUGUUGCAUCGGUUAUGUAAACAUCAGAGAAAAAUGUAUAUGUUGUAGAGAAUUGUGAAAUUAUGAAUAGACUGCUGUCUUUUGUCGGUUUGCGAACAUUGCCUCAAUAUUGUAAACACGGUAACGUAGCAUGUAAAGCAGUGUUUCUCAACCUUUUCUCACCAUCUUAUUAUACAAGUUAAAAUUUUUCAUUUCACCUAAUAUUUUGAUAUUCAAAAUAAUGCUCGUUUAUGCACCAGUGGCGACCUCACAGUUAAGUAGUUCCCACACAAUUCACUAUAGUGUUAUGUCAUAAGAAAACUUAAUUAUUUUUUGAUGCAUUGCAUUUCUAUCGAAGCGAUUAUUUCCAUAGCAUAACAUAAGUUUGAGAAACGUUUGUAAGAUUUCGUAGUAGGGCCUCAUCUUGUCUAUUGGUACAGAAUAGUAACAGUGUAUUUAAAUAGAUUUUGAUAUAAAAAUGUAAAUAUUUUAUUACAGUAUUUCAUGUCAUAAGUUGCCAGUAAGUUAAUAGCUACGGUCUGACUAGACGUUUGCCAAUUCUACAAACCUUAACACUUAUCAACGUAGCAAGGCUAACGGCUGCACUGAACAAAUGUUCCAAAGAAAAAUCAACCUUAAAGUAAUAUUGGCUAUCUGCUGAUUUUUACUGUUGUAAUUGUGAUUAACAAGUGAAAUGUGACGAACUACAAUACAUAUAUAUCACUUAGUAAAGGGUCGUUCUUGAAUACAGUCGUAAAUAAGGUAACUGUUAAUUGAAAUGUCAUUUUCAUUCGUCAUCAAAGUGGCUGAGGGAUCAUUACGCCUCACCAUCAUUACGCUAGUACACGACGUGUUGCGGGUUCGAUCCCCACGUAGGACAAGCGUAUUUUUUUUUUGUUUAAUUUUCUCUUGCAUUGUUAAGCAUUGUAGAAAUGUAACUUGUCUACUCAGGCCAGUACUUGUGGGAUAUACUCAAAUGUUUUACAUUCCACAUAAAAUCAUUUAAACGCUUUACAAUUUAAAUAUUUAUUUACAAUUGUUUUGAUACUUCAGUAUUUUAAAUGUACUGUUUUCAAGUUUUAAUUUAUUUUUAUUGUAAAUUUUAUUUAUUUGUUUACAUUUUAGAACCGCUUCUCUUUUGCUCAUUGUUUAAAUGAAAUAGGUUUCAUAUUCUUUUAUCAAGAUGCGUUACUACAAAAAUAAGGUAAUAUAAAAAAAGCAUGAUUGAAAAGAUAUUAUUACGGAUACCUUUUAUUGUGAUUUAAAAUUACUUUAAUCUGAUAUUUUAUCAGUAUGAUAAUCUAUAACUAAAAUUCUAAUUGGAAAAGAUAAGGCUAAUUUUGAGCAGUUUAAAAUGUAAGUUUUACCAUAUCUGUAGACCUAUAGACAUUAUCGAUUGGAAAUAUAAGUAUAUUGGUAUUUUACCUAGAAAUAUUUUAUAUCUUGUGAGUCAAAUAAAUUGCUCAAUAAGUGCCAAACUUAAAUGUACGACGUUGGCCACGUUUUCACGAAGGCAACUACAAAAUUAUACAAAGUAUUAAAUCUUAUACGUUUUAAAAGGUAAAAUAUAAAAAAGUUUUAUAAAAUACGGCUUUAAAUUUUAAUGAAAAAUCGGGAAUUAUUGAAAUAUGAAUUGCAACACUUAUUUAUUACGCACUUAGUUACUAUUUGAUUGAUGUUGAUGAUUUUUACUCAAUUAUCUAGAUUUUGUUAUAUCUCUUUAGGAACUAAUGUAUAGUACUUCUAGCAAAAUAACUUUCUCUCUGGAAUUCGCCUCCAAUAAAUGAUUAUUCUCACCGUACAUGGAUGUGUUCACUCUUGCUUGUUAGUCAAACAAUAUAUUAUAUAUCCCGCUAGAAAAGUGCAAUGAAAUUAAACAAAAUACUUGUCAGUAUGUAAAACAUUCAGAAUUACCUGACAAUAAUCUAUUGGUAUAGCUCUAUACAUUAGAUAGUAUACAAUAUGUCUUAUGUAUUUUAAUAAUGAUUGCAACUAUAUCAUACAAAUACAAGCACUUUGUAAGUGUUAUUUAUAAAUGUAAGAAAUAUGUUUGUGAUAAUAUAUUGUAUUAAGCUACUCAAAAAAUAAACGAACUUUCAUUAUUAGCA